CGAGGUUAUUUAGAUCUUAAAAUUUUAAUUUAAAGCUCUCUCACACACACACACACGCACACACAGACACAUCCUUCAGGCUCCACACUCUAUACACUUAGCACCCUUGUUUUUGUCAUUGUUCUUCGUUACUGUUGUUUCCAAUGGAGAAACUCGAUCAUAUCAAAUCUCACCUUGCUACACUUUCUCAAAUCGGUGAAAAUGAGAAAAACGGAUUCAUCAACCUCGUCUCUCGCUAUCUCAGUGGAGAAGCACAACACAUUGAAUGGAGUAAGAUCCAAACACCAACUGAUGAAGUGGUUGUGCCUUAUGAUACCUUGGCUCCGCUUUCCGACGAUCCUGCUGAAACUAAGAAGCUAUUGGACAAACUUGUUGUUUUAAAGCUUAAUGGAGGCCUGGGGACAACUAUGGGAUGUACUGGUCCUAAAUCUGUCAUUGAAGUUCGCAAUGGCUUCACAUUUCUUGACCUAAUUGUUCAGCAGAUUGAGAAUCUUAAUAAGAAAUAUGGAUGUAACGUUCCAUUGGUUCUGAUGAACUCAUUUAACACCCAUGAUGACACAUUGAAGAUUGUUGACAAGUAUGCCAAUUCAAACAUUCAAAUUCAUACUUUUAAUCAGAGCCAAUAUCCUCGUCUGGUGGCUGAAGAUUUUACUCCAUUUCCUUGCAAAGGCCAGCCUGGCAAGGAUGGAUGGUAUCCUCCUGGUCAUGGUGAUGUGUUCCCAGCUCUAAUGAACAGUGGCAAGCUUUCUACUUUCUUAUCACAGGACAAGGAGUAUGCAUUUAUUGCCAACUCAGACAACUUGGGUGCUAUUGUUGACUUGAAAAUCUUGAACCAUUUGGUCAAAAACAAGAAUGAAUACUGUAUGGAGGUUACACCCAAAACCUUAGCUGAUGUGAAGGGUGGUACUCUUAUUUCUUAUGAAGGAAAAGUUCAGCUCCUUGAAAUUGCACAAGUCCCUGAUGCACAUGUCAAUGAAUUCAAGUCUAUAGAGAAAUUUAAAAUUUUCAAUACAAACAAUUUGUGGCUGAACCUAAAUGCAGUAAAGAGGCUUGUGGAAGCUGAUGCACUCAAGAUGGAGAUAAUUCCAAACCCAAAGGAGGUCGAGGGAACCAAAGUUCUUCAACUGGAAACUGCAGCUGGUGCAGCAAUUAGGUUCUUUGAUCAUGCUAUUGGUAUCAACGUACCUCGAUCACGAUUCCUUCCGGUGAAGGCAACUUCAGAUUUGCUUCUUGUCCAGUCUGAUCUUUACACCUUAGUUGAUGGCUUUGUUAGCCGGAAUAGUGCUAGAGAAAAUCCUGAAAACCCAUCCAUUGAAUUGGGGCCUGAAUUCAAGAAGGUUAGCAACUUCUUAAGUCGGUUCAAGACAAUCCCAAGCAUCAUUAAUCUUGAUAGCCUUACCGUGACUGGUGAUGUUUGGUUUGGUGCUGGUAUUGUUCUCAAGGGAAAAGUGAAAAUUGCUGCAAAACCAGGAGAAAAGUUGGAGAUUCCGGACGGAAUUGUAAUCGAAAACAAGGAAAUCAAUGGCCCCGGAGACUUAUCCAGCUAAAGGUUCAAUGGUUAAGAUUUGACAUAUCUGAUUUUUGGUCCAUUUUUAGAUCGGAAAAUAAAAGCAUGUUACGUUGUAGGAUCUGCUUUGUGGUCUUGCGGAAGUCAAACUUGAGUCAUUGAGUAUAUUUAUAUAUAAAAAAAUUUGAUAUUAUUGAAAAACAUUAAUUUUGAUAUUGUGUACUUUCUGAAUUAGUAAAUAAUUUCUCCGUUGUUCUAA